ACUUUUCAUCUCCGUCUUUGGUCGGUUCAGUGAUCAGAAAAGCCUUUUCUCCUGACUGUAAACGGAGUCUGUGAACGCACCGCUGAGGACUGCUGAGGCAGCUGGUUUUUUGGUGGAUUUGUCAGAUUUGGGAGGCGACGCUGCUGCAGGUCUGAAGUUUGUUGUUCGGGGUGUGGAGGCUGAUCUGGGACCAGGUUCAGGAUGGAGCUGAAGGACUUCUAUCUGACAGAUGACUAUCACUUCGUCAGUCCACAGCGCCUCUUGGAAUCCUCCUCCUCUUCCUCGUCCCCCUCCCCCCUUAGUCCCUCCUUCCCCCUGGACACCACAUCCACUCUCAGUCCCUCACACCCAGCCUUCAUCCUCCCCAGCCCGGCCUCCUCCUCCUCCUCCUACAGCCUCCUCUGUGGAGCGCCGGAGCCCGACUCCCCGACAGGAUCUAGUUCCAGCGGAGGAAGCGUGGAGGGCGGGGCCGUGGUGUCAGAGGCCUCGGUGCGUUUUUCGAUGUCACAGUCGGGUUCAUUCUCAGCGCAGGUGGACUCCAUCCUGAGGGGCGACUACCUGACGCCGAUGGGGGCCGUGGGGCCGAAGAGGCUGUGUUUGGUGUGUGGAGACUUCGCCUCCGGGUAUCACUACGGGGUGGCGUCCUGCGAGGCCUGCAAGGCCUUCUUCAAGAGGACCAUACAAGGCAACAUCGAGUACAGCUGUCCAGUGAUGAACGAGUGUGAGAUCACCAAACGGAGGAGGAAAGCCUGUCAGGCCUGUCGCUUCCGGAAGUGUCUCCAGGCCGGGAUGAUGAGGGAGGGUGUUCGUAUGGACCGAGUGCGAGGAGGACGGCAGAAGUACAAGCGGCGGGCGGAGACCGGGCUGAGCUUCUACUCUAAAGCUCCACACCUCCACCCUGUCGGCAGCAGAAACAAGGUGAUUUCUCAUUUGCUGCUGACUGAGCCCGCCCCGCUGGCCGCCAAUCAGGACGACUCGACCAAUGACGGCAGCCUGCGGAACCUGCUGACCCUCUGCGACCUCCUGAACCGAGAGCUGCUGGUUCUGAUCGGCUGGGCCAAACAGAUCCCAGGAUUCUCCGGUCUCUCGUUGGUCGACCAGAUGUCGUUGCUGCAGAGCGGUUGGAUGGAGGCGCUGCUGGUGGGCGUGGCCUGGCGCUCGCAGGGCGCGGCGGGGGAGGAGCUCGUGUUCGCCGGAAACCUGCGGCUGGACGAGAGUCAGUGUCGAGCGGCGGGAUUGGCCGACCUGUACGAGGCGCUGCGUCACCUGACGGCAAAAUACCAGGCGAUGAACCUGAGCCCCGAGGAAGCGGUGACGCUGAAGGCCAUGGCCCUCGCCAACUCAGAUGCCGACCCGGUGGACUGUCCGGACUCGGUGCAGAGGUUCCAGGACGGGCUCCACGAGGCCCUGCAGGAGUACGAGUCGUCCCGCGGCGAGCGGCGCCGGGCGGGCCGGCUGCUGAUGAGCCUCCCCCUGCUGCGACAGACGGCCGACCGAGCCGCGCAGGCCUUCCUGCGGCUGCACCGCCGCCGCUGCGUCCCCCUCCACAAACUGCUGCUGGAGAUGCUGGACGCCAAGGCCUGAACCUCACCGUACACCCCCCCGAGACCACGUUCCUCGCUACGAGAGGACAGACUUUAUCCGACUGUGGCUGAAAAGCUGCUGUUUUUCUGUUUUUUAACAGUUUGGCCCACAGAUCAGGACCAGAUCCACAGUCAACUGAUGAACUGAGAGCUUCAGUGUUUUCCAGCAGAGACCUCUGGUCUCAGACCGGAGGUGCUGACUCACAGCCAACAGAACUGCAUCAUCUGCAAAGAGACGCAGUCACUCCACACAGUGUGAAAGUUAGCUAAUGAAAGGCCCCUCGCUAUUACUGCAGGUGCUAAGCUAGUUAGCUGCACAGGCUAACAUUAGCAGCUGACAUUAAAGGAGACAAACACUUGAAGUCAAUAAAAAAGAUUCCAGCAUCCAAACUGAAGCUCGAUCGGCCUGCCGUGUCUAGAAACUGUUGCUAAGCUAUGAUUGGACAAUCUCUGUUUGAGGGCGGGGUUUAGAGAGCUCACCUUCGCCUCACAUCCUUCAUCACUGCCGUCGUCUGAAGCUGGACAACUUUUCAUGAAGUUUACAAUUUCAAUCUAUUUUUGUAAAUAAAGAUAUUUUUGUGUGAUCUGUGUACCUUGAUGAUGAUCUGGUUGCCGUAGCGACAGACAGGAGAACCAAUGUUGUGAACCUUUGUUCAGCGCUGAUUAUUGAUCAUCUGCUCAUCAGUUUUUUAGAAGUCGUGCUGUUUCCUGACUCGAGUUUUAAUGUGGAACGAGUUCAUUAAAUAAAACAAGACUU